UUUUUUUUUCUGAUCGCUCCCAAGUACGCCUAAAAUCUUGUGUAAACAGGACAAGCGACUCGGAGUUACUGUAGUGUCCGUCGGAGAGGCUCGUGUGGGAUUAUAUAAGUUUUAGUUGUUGAGGUGACGGCCGCUGUCUGGAGCUGGACUUAAACAGCACAACAUACGGGUCCUCUGGUGCUUUUAGCUACUAACCGACCCGCACGUCACAGCCGUUGAAGCUCGCGCGGCUAGCAUACCGAAAGCUCAGUAUUACUCAAAAUCUGAUUUAUUUGACCGAAUACAAAACGGUAGCUGGUUAAGAGGAAAGAAGACAAAAAAAGCGUACAAUGUUAGCUGGGUAGUGAUAAGCUUGUUAGCUCGCUAGCUAGGCUAAACUUGAGCAGCUAAAGGUAAAACCGUGCUCCGCUAGCAACGGGAAUAAAGCUGCAGAUAUUUGCGAGCGGAAAGCGCGUGACAUGGUGAAUGACAAAAGUGACACAUGCUGUUGUUUCUGUUAGAGAUCAAACCCGAAGCCAUGUCACGGGACAUGUACAGGUAGCUAGUGAGCAGUGUAGCUUUAACCAAGGGUCGUGUUAUUGAAAGAGACUCAUAAAAAUCAUCACAAGCGACGAGCUAGUUACUGUGACGAGUCUAAGCUACACGUCGUGGUGUGUGUGUGUGUGUGUGUGUGUGUGUGUGUGUUGGCGCAGCUGCAUUACUCCCCCAUGACCCAAACUGGCAGUUCUGCUCAUCCAGCUGUGCCACCGGAAUAACAAUGUCAGACAAUCAGGGCAACCUGAACAACAAUAACGUGCCUUUAAACAACAAUAACAACAAUGGCGCGGCGAACCGACUCCGAAACCCGAACGUCAACCAGAACCCGCUCAUCAACGUGCGGGACCGACUCUUCCACGCGCUCUUCUUUAAGAUGGCAGUCACAUACGCCAGACUGUUCCCUCCGUCUUUUCGGCGGGUUUUCGAGUUCUUCGUCCUUCUGAAGGCCUUGUUUGUGCUCUUCAUCCUGGCCUACAUCCACAUCGCCUUUUCUCGUUCACCCAUUAACUGCUUGGAGCACGUACGUGAGAAGUGGCCACGUGACGGCAUCCUGCGUGUGGAGAUCCAGCGCAACUCUAGCCGCGCACCUAUAUUUCUGCAGUUCUACGAGACUGAGGGAUUUCAGGGGCUUGUCAAGGAGCCGGACGGGGACACGGAGGAUACCGGCCGAGUUCCUGUUCACCAAGAGGAUGAGGAUGAAGAAGAGAUGACUGUUGACAUGUUCGACAACAGCUCUGUGAGGUUUGAGCUGGACAUUGAACCGCAACUGAAGCCUUUGGUGAGCGAUGGCGCCCCAGGCUCAGGCUCGAACGACACCCAGGACCUCUCCUUCAGCCAGGCGCCCUCUAAAGGUAUGCAGCCGCUGAGGGAGACUGUCUCCGAGAUUGAGAUGCUUACGAGAGCAGUGUGGCCUCAAGAGGAAUACAUAGUGGAAUAUUCCCUGGAGUACGGUUUUCUGCGGCUGUCUCAAACCACACGACAACGUCUUAACAUUCCCGUCAUGGUGGUUACCCUGGACCCAGUAAAGGACCAGUGCUUUGGAGACGGUUUUAGCCGUUUCCUCUUGGACGAGUUCCUUGGCUAUGAUGACAUACUGAUGUCCAGCGUUAAGGCUUUAGCAGAAAAUGAGGAAAAUAAAGGCUUUUUGAGGAAUGUGGUAUCAGGAGAACAUUACCGCUUUGUUAGUAUGUGGAUGGCGCGCACCUCCUACCUGGCUGCCUUUGUAAUCAUGGUGAUUUUUACAUUGUCUGUGUCCAUGCUGCUCCGUUAUUCCCACCACCAAAUCUUUGUUUUCAUAGUGGACCUCCUGCAGAUGCUAGAGAUGAACAUGACCAUUGCAUUCCCAGCUGCGCCACUUCUCACUGUAAUCUUGGCUCUUGUUGGAAUGGAAGCCAUCAUGUCUGAGUUUUUCAACGACACAACUACAGCAUUCUACAUCAUCCUCAUCGUGUGGCUGGCGGAUCAGUAUGACGCCAUCUGCUGCCACACCAACACAAGCAAGCGCCAUUGGCUCAGGUUCUUUUAUCUGUACCAUUUUGCGUUCUAUGCAUACCAUUACCGCUUUAAUGGGCAGUAUAGCAGCCUGGCUCUUGUCACUUCUUGGCUCUUCAUUCAGCACUCCAUGAUCUACUUUUUCCAUCACUAUGAGCUGCCAGCCAUCCUUCAGCAGAUCCGCAUCCAGGAAAUGCUGCUGCAGAACCAGCAGGCUGCUCAGGGCAACCAGACAGCGUUGCAGGACAACCUGAACAACAACACCACAACCAAUGCUGUGGCACAGGCUGGCAGGCCAACUGCAGCCAGCUCAGUCACUGCCAAUGGCCAGGAACGCCAGUCACCCCUGGUUCAACCACAGGCUGAAGCUUCUAAUGGCCUGCCUACUCCCGCACCAAGUGAUCAGGAUUGGAUGUCCGAGACGGCAGCCAUCAUCACAGAUGCCAUUAUCACGGAGGCGCUGUCAGCCCCACUACUGGAGACUACAGCAUCCACUGCAGGCAUCAGUGUGGCACGGAGCGCUGAUACGGCAGGAGAGAAUCGGGAGGGGAGCGAUAGUUCAGCUGGACCCCAAGAAGUAGGAGGGAACGAUGAGGCAGGAGCAACUCCUCACGUCACAAACUGCAGAGAAGCAGAGGUGGACAAAACAGACAUGUGUCAGUUGGACGCCAAAAAAGAGAGCGAGAGUCACACUGAGGCAGCCACAGCUGGCCCUCACUCCGCCCCCUCCUGAGCUCAGCCCUUCCUCGGGUUCAGGUCCAAACCCCAUAAUUCCGCCUUUUUACCUCUUCAACUAGCAGCAGCAGCAGAGCUUUUCACCCUAAAUGCAUCCAUAACGCGUCAAGGAGGAAGAAGAGCACCAACAGCGAUGGAAUGUGAUGUAAUCACAGCCUAAAAAGGGGUGGGGGAAAAGUUAGUUUUCUUUUCUUAAGGACUUGAAGUGAAAAUGGAUGCUUCUUGAAUUAUUUUGAAAAUGCACCACAUGUGGGGGUGUGAUUAUUUGGAGAGCAAUUGUGUUUUUUUUUUUUUUGUUUUGUUUUUGUUUGUUUUUUAAAGAUGAUUGAUUAAUGAUUGGUUUCUUUAAACACUGGGUGUGUUUGUAUACAGUAAUGCGUUUAACAAUGAUAGAACUGCUAAUGGCAUAGUGGGAGUCAUUCAGAGCUCAGCACUGACCUGCGUUAUUUCAAAUGAACGUCUCAUCAUUAUUGUAUCUGAUAAUUCAAGCCAAAUAGCGGUUAAUCAUGAUUACAUUCGAGUUUUUGAGGUAUAAGGUUCUUAUGCAGUAGCAGACGACCCAGUGUAAAGUUGAAACCAAGCUCUCACCUGGAAGUAGUUUACCUUGUGAAAGUAUAGUCUUAGUCCAUGAUGCCUUGAAAACUUGUUGUAUUUUAAGUGAUUUUUGAAGACUGCAUUAAGGUGUCAAUGACCGUAUUUUUUGAACUCCUUUCUCAAGGGAAAAAAAAAUCUAUUUGGAAAAGAUUGUUAGUCUUUAUAAUUGCUGCACUAAUUUCAUUAUGAAACUGGUAAGUUCAGUCUGUUUCUGUGCAAUUCCAAGAAGAUCUGUAAAGGUGACCCAGUAAAUCCCGUCUGGUUAGAGAGCAAGUCUUGUAAUUUGUCCUGAUACGUCCUCUUUAUUUAGGGGUACAGUUAGUUAAGGCUAUUAAUUCCUUCAGCUUUAGGCCUUCAGUUCAGGAUGUUUCAUUUGUGGGCUUUGAGAAUGGUCGCCUUUAGCAUUUGGUACUGUGAACCUGUUACAUAGUGCUAUAAGGUUAUACCACAGCUCUAAAGUCUUCUCAUUGGGAACAUCUUAUUAAUGUGCUUGAUCCUGUUUUGUUGCUCUUUGCUUAUGUGUAUGCAUUAAUUGCGUUAUAAAAAAAAAAAAGUAGCCAUACGAAUGGGUCCAUUUUCCCCCUACAAAACCCAUUUUUCCAUCAAAUAGUAACUCUAACGGAAUGUAGGAGAAACAUUUUUGUGACUCCCUUUGGUACUGCAAGGCUUAACAAGACAUAGUUCAAUGUUUAACAGUAAGCAAGACACAAUGGGUGUCAAAGAAGUGCAGGAGAACAUUAUUAUUUAACUGCCUUUCAAAAGGUCUGCAAAAUGAAUCGGUCAUUAUGUAAGUAUCCAGCAUCGUCAAAGAUCAGUGAAUAUUUUGUGUGCACAAAUAGAUGAAAAAGCUUUUUAAGUUGUAUGCUUUAGACAGAUAAUGCCUAUUGAAAGAGAUGAUUAAUUGAGUACAACAGACUUCGUUCUGUCCGAUAGACUAAGCUUAACGUGUAAGCAGAUUGUCUCUAAUCUUUAGGAGAGAGAAGACGUGGAAGUGCAAUUUCCUUUGGCAGGGUUUCAUUCAAAGGCUAUGCAACAAAUGACAAGGUAAGCUCCAGUGGCUCUGGGAAGAUGGUUUUAUCCAAAACGUGUGCAAUAAGUCAAGUCAGUUUGAGAGAGAUUUUCAGCAUGAGCACUCCACCAAUGAGCUUUUAUGAUCGAUUUUCUCCUUAUUUUUCCUGUGCCUAUUUGCCGUUCUGUGUCAGAAUGCAAGAUGAUGAGUUUCUAUCCGUUCAUCAUAGACGAUGAAAAAAAACCCCACAGUUCUGUGAUGAACUCUGUUUGCUCUUUCAUUCAGUUGUAUUUAAAUGUUAAAAACGAAAUGCAUAAACAGACAAAAGGAUUUUCCACUC